UUUUUUUGUCAGUUGAUUUAAUUAUUUGCAAAUGAUAGUCGGUCUAAUUAUACUGUUCACGGGAUUAAUCCCUUUGGUGGUUGGAUCUUAUGCAGAUGUAUAUGGAAGGAGAAGAGUAUAUAUAUUUGUUAUGUUUAUAUUUACACUUUCAAGUAUAUUAUGUGCAAUGGCAGAAAAUAUAUGGGUAUUAAUGGCAAUGAGAACAUUACAGUCAUUUGGAUCUUCGGGUGUACAAUGUAUUUGUGGAGGUAUCGCAAAUGACAUUUUCAUUCCAACAGAAAGAGAAGAAGCAUAUAGUAGAUUUUUUUUAGGAUAUCAUUUUGGAGAAAUAAUAGGAUCUAUAAUAGGAGGAUUACUUACGGAAUAUUUAGGAUGGCAUUCAAUAUUUUGGUUUCUAUCAAUAUAUGGAAGUAUUUUAUUAUUUUUAAUAAUAUGUUUCAUUCCAGAAACACUUUAUAUACCAGAUUCAUCAACAACAACCAUUAUUAUAAAACAAUUUAAUCCAUUAUUACCUUUUAAAUUACUUUAUUAUCCAAAUAUAACAUUAACAAUCCUUUAUAAUACAUCAAUAUGGAUAAUAAUUUAUGUAUUAGAUAUUAUGAUUCCUUUUUCAUUUACUAAUAUUUAUAAUUUAUCUCCUUUAUAUAUUGGUUUAAUAUUUUUGGCUCGUAAAAUUGGAAGUAUUAUUGGAAAUUCUUUUGGAGCUCAUUAUUCUGAUUAUUUGAUAAACAAAUAUGAAAAGAAAAAAGGAAAAGAAGAAAGUUAUCCUGAAUUAAGAUUGAAAAGUAUUUGGAUUGGUGCUAUAUUAGCAAUUAUAUCAUUUUUUAUAUUUGGUUGGAUUUUAGAAAAAAGAGUUUAUAUAAUUUGGCCAUUAGUUAUUAUAUUUAUAGGUGAAUUUGGUAUAUUAUUUUUAGAAACUACAACAAUUACUUAUUUAACAAAUCCUUAUCAUGAAGAAUUAAAUACUUCAAUACUUGCAAUAGGUGAAGCUAUAACUGCUUUAAUAUCAACUAUUGUAAUAAUAUUAACUAUUCCAAUAGAAAAUAAGUUUGGUAUUGGUUGGUUAUUUACUGCUUUAGCUUCUUUAGCAUUAUUAAGUAAUAUAUUAAUAAUUUUAGUUUAUUUUAAAGGAAGAAAAUGGAGAGAAAAUCAAAAUAUAAAUAAAGAUUUAUAA